AUGAAGCUGCUGUGGAUUUUGGCGGUUUUAUUUCAAAGCAUUUGCUGUUCGUAUUCACGUACGUUUCAAAAUGGGGUCUAUAGAGAAGACUGCGAGACGCUUCCUGUAGUGAAAAAAGUUCAAGAAUAUAUACAAAUUGACACUAGCAAGCCUGAAAAUUACGAUUUAGUAGUAGCAUUUUGGAAGAGAUUAGCAAGAGAAGCCAGCUUGCCAAUAGAAGUGCACCGGCCAGCUGGUUUGCCAAUAUGUGUUUUAACAUGGACUGGAUCACAGCCGGAGUUGCCAAGCAUUGUAUUGAACACUCACUCAGAUGUUGUACCUGCGUAUGAGGAUCUAUGGCACUAUCCACCAUUUGGUGGUGUUAUCGAUAGAGAUGGAAACCUCUACGGUCGAGGGGCACAGGACACGAAGGGUCUAGCUAUUCAGCACUACGAGGCGAUUCGAGAACUGCAACGGAACAACGUAACGCUCAAACGAACGGUUCAUAUAACUAUUGUACCAGACGAAGAAAUGGGAGGAUAUCUCGGUAUUAAAGAGUUCGUAAUAACUGAGGCGUUUAAAAAACUGAACAUCGGUUUUGCAUUCGAUGAAGGGAUAAGCGCACCUGACAGCACUUAUCUUGCCACGUACGUGGACAAACGACCAUGGCAGGUAAACAUGACCUUUUAUGGAAAAGGAGGGCAUGGUUCGGAAUUUAAUAAUAAGGGCGUUAUUGAAAAGUUAUCGCACUUACUUAAUUCUAUAUCGCAAUUCGAGGAAGAACAAAGACAAUUAAUGAUAAGAAAUAAUAAUUCAGAUCUAGGAUUAUAUACAACUAUUAAUGUCAAUGGUAUUAAGACUGGAAUUGCAACUAACAUAAUACCUAGUGUCAUGAACGUAAUUAUUGAUAUAAGAUUAGCAAGGGACGCGAAUAUUGAUGAUAUGCAACACGUGCUAGAUCAUUGGAAAAAUAUAACAGGCCCAGGAACAAAUAUGGAUUUUAUUCGGCAUGAUUUGGAAGCCUUCGCCACGCCUACAGAUAACAGCAAUCCUUACUGGGUCGCCAUGCAAGAUGCUGCUCGUGAAAUGAACAUAACGAUCAAACCGUUGAUUUGCCCCGCGACGUCAGAUAUGAUGGUGUUGCGUAAACUUGGUAUCCCAGCGUUGGGCUUCACGCCCACCAUCAACACAGCAUCUCGUAUGCACACUAACGAUGAAUUUCUGCAUCUCGACACCUUCCUACAUGGUAUUCAAGUGAUGGCUAAUAUUGUGAAGAAAGUGGGAAUGGUGCCAGCAUAG